AUGUCGCAACAAGCAAAUUCACCUCUCACAGUUCCUCUCCGAUUCAAAGGAGACAAGGUUGUGAUCAUUACAGGAGCCAGUGAUGGUAUUGGAAAGGCUGCUGUUACUCAUCUUGUUGAAAUGGGUGCUCAUGUUAUUUUAGCUUGUAGAUCGGAGGACAAGGCCAUGAAAGUUAUGGAAGAAAUUAGAAACAAGACAGCCAAUAAGGAUGCCAUGAUGCAAUUUAUUCCGUUGGAUUUGUCUGAUUUGGAAUCAGUUCGUAAUUUUGCAAGAAAGUUUUUGGAGAAGAAUUUACCAAUUCAUGCUCUGGUGUGUAAUGCUGGAGUUUGGGAAGUGGAAAGAAAGAAAACUAAACAACAGUUUGAAAAUACAUAUGGUAUUAACCACUUGGGCCAUUUCUUACUGGUUAAUUUAUUGUUGGAUAAAUUGAAAGAAAGUGCUCCAUCGAGAAUCAUUAUACUGAGCUCUAAAAUUCAUUCAAGUGGGGAUGCUAAAGAAUUAUUGAGCGAUCCAAAUUAUGAAAAACCAUCAUCAUAUAGUGGAAAGCAAACUUAUGCAAAUAGCAAAUUAGCUAAUCUUCUUUUUGCUUACAAAUUGGUUAGAAAUUUGAAUGAAGGCAGUUCAAUACCUCAAUCAGGAGUUAGUGUAAUUGCCAUGCAUCCUGGUGUUGUGAACACACAAAUUUUUGCAGGGUUAUUGGGAAGUUUUUCUUCAAUUAUAGGUGGUCUAUUCUUUGAUACUCCAGAACAUGCUAGUCUCUCAGUAGUUUUCCAUGCAGUUCAUCCUGAUCAGAAUGGCGUUACUGGUUUCAAAUAUUAUGAACAAUGGAAGGAGAAGAAGAGUAUUGCAGACAGUUUCAAUGAAAAGUAUCAGGACGAUUUGUGGGAAAUGAGUGUUAAACAUGUUGGAGGUCUCACUUUGUAAUUAACAACCAAAUUGUAUCAUUAAAAUUAAUUUAUUAUC